AUGCCUGUCUUGGACUUUCCGAACUACGUUGAUGGCGAUGUCAAGCUCACCAUCCACCCGGAUGUGUACCGUUUGCAUUUAAACGUACUCUCCACACACUCCAAGGUUCUGAGGAGCCUGCUAGGGCCACCGAACGAGGUUAACCCACUACAACACAUCCAGGACUCCUUACGAUCACAGAAUAUCUGUGUCGGCUGGGUUUCUAACGAGCACUUCCAGGUCCCGCAGCAAUUCACGAGCGAAGCCAGAGGCUUUCGGGCUGUGGACUACAUCCCAGUCUGGCCUGUGAGAACCCGGAGAUGCUGGGAGAACAUUUUCAGGAUGUUCUAUCUCUUACCUCCUUUUCUGCAUGAUGACGGCCCUACCAGAAACAUUCUGGAUAACAGUUGGAGAGUUGUUGAGCUGGCGACAGACCUUGAAGCAGAAGAUUUAAUUUUACCUCUUCUCGGUGCAGCACUUGAGGGGUAUGGACAGGAGCUCUAUCGUUGCAUAUCCGAUGAUCCCAUCGGCUGGGUGAACCUGGGACUGAGAAUUCGGUCAGUCAUAAUCUAUCAAGAGUCAGUCAUCCACAUCGUCGGCCGGUGGCACUAUUUAACGGAUGAGGGCCACGCCUUGCUCUCAGAUCCGAUCCGUGAAAUUUGCCAGAGAAAGUAUAGAGAUCUGCAGUUUGAUAAGCAGAUGACUGACACAAGCAUCCUCAACCAUCCCGUCGAUGAUCCACAGAAUAGAGAUGUCUACACCUGGAUGGCUAAGGCUUUUUAUCAGCAGUGGCUAUGCAAUUCCAUAGCUGAUCAUAAGACAUAUCGUUCUUUGGACGGCGGAGCGGCGUUCUACCGCGCCAUCAAUGCUGGCGGUAAUGCCUACCUCCAGGUGGUCGACCCCGAGGCCCACCUCGUCUUGCUGCCCAUUGAACAAGACGAGGUUGCAGUUAUGGAACACCGGCUCGGUCAAAUAAAGGACGCCGUAAAACAUCUUGUUGCAUAUCUGCUUGAAAAUCGAUCGCGGUUCAACCCUGGAGUAUGGGGAGAACUACACUAUCUGACAUGCUGCGAAGUUACGCAGCGGGAUAUUCCUUGGCUGACAGAUAGGGCUGCACAGGAAGAGGUAGCUCUUCUACAGACCAUGAAUAAUGCUUUGCCGGCCUUCUACAUGGAUAAUCUCCAAUUUGAGAACCGAAACGUCCAGACGCCUCAAAUUAUCCCCCCGAUAGUUACCGAGCGUCCCUUGCCUUCAUGGUCUCCAAAAUCCCCCGAAGGGUAUCAUGAUCGCACCCCUACUCAGGCCCGGAGUGACGUGACCUCGGUCGUCCAUGAACCAGACCUGUCCGACGACAUUUCAGUGAACAGCUUCAUCAGCCCGCCUCUGUGGGAUGAAGACGAUUCGACGGCGCAUACGGAGUCCGAAUUACCAGCGGUCCCAGCCGUCGAAUCACUGACCGCGGGAUGUCCCCAGAAUUGGGAUGAAGGAGAUAAUGGGUUGGUUACUUAUCCGAGCCCUAUCUUCAUGCAGUCUCCUGACGAUGUUAAAGGCCACAGAGAUGAUACUUAG